UAGCUUCCGGCCGGUCAGAAGGCGGUCCAGAGAAACAGUAGGUUCUAGGGCACUUGCAAAUCCUGAGAGUAGGUGCCAGGAGCUGGCCUUGGAGACUUUUUCUCCUGGUUAUUGCACCCUGGGCCUGUGCUUCAGAUGCUACAGCUGAGUCUGUCCAAGCUGGGACUGGGGCCCAUGGCUGCCUCCCCAUGGCAUCUCCUGCUGCUGGGUGGGACCUCCUGGAUUCUAGCCCGACUUCUGGCCUGGAUCUAUGCCUUAUAUAUCAAGCGCAGCCGCCUUCAUUGCUUCUCUCAGCCCCCUAAACCAAACUGGUUUUGGGGUCACCUGGCCUUGAUGACGAACAAUGAGGAAAGCAUGCAGUUUUUAUCACAUUUGGGCCACUACUUCCGUGACAUCCACCUCCUUUGGAUUGGACCUAUCUACCCUCUCCUGCGGCUCACCCACCCUAAGUUCAUUGCUCCCCUGCUCCAAGCCUCAGCUGCUCUUGCACCCAAGGAGAUGACUCUGUAUGGCUUCCUGAAGCCCUGGCUGGGGGAUGGGCUCCUGAUGAGUGCUGGUGACAAGUGGAGCCGCCACCGCCGUCUCCUGACGCCUGCCUUCCACUUUGACAUCCUGAAGCCCUAUGUGAAGAUUUUUAACCAGAGUGUGAGCAUCAUGCAUGCCAAGUGGCAGCGCCUGGCCUCAGGUGGCAGUGCCCGUCUGGACAUGUUUGAACACAUCAGCCUGAUGACCUUGGACAGCCUGCAGAAAUGCAUCUUCAGCUUCGACAGCAACUGUCAGGAGUCUCCCAGUGAAUACAUUGCCGCCAUCUUAGAGCUCAGCGCCCUGGUAGCAAAAAGGUCCCAGCAGCUCUUCCUGUACCUGGACUUCCUGUACUACCGCACUGCUGAUGGGCGGCGCUUCCUCAAGGCCUGUGACCUGGUGCACAGCGUCACAGAUGCUGUGAUCAGGGAGAGACGCCGCAUCCUCUCUAGCCAAAGUGUUGAUGAGUCCCUCAAGUCCAAGGCUAAGACUAAAACUUUAGACUUUAUUGAUGUUCUCUUGUUGGCCAAGGAUGAGCACGGGAAGGAGCUGUCAGACGAGGACAUCCGAGCAGAGGCUGACACCUUCAUGUUUGGAGGCCAUGACACCACAGCCAGCGGGCUCUCCUGGGUCCUGUACAACCUGGCGAAGCACCCGGAAUACCAGGAGCGCUGCCGGCAGGAAGUGCGGGAGCUCCUGAGGGACCGAGAGCCUGAGGAGAUUGAAUGGGAUGACCUGGCCCAGCUGCCCUUCCUGACCAUGUGCAUCAAGGAGAGCCUGCGGCUGCAUCCCCCAGUUCUAGUUAUCUCCCGAAGCUGCAUCCAGGACAUUGUGCUCCCAGAUGGCCGGGUCAUCCCCAAAGGGACCAUCUGUGUCAUCAGCAUUUUCGGGGUUCACCACAAUCCUUCAGUCUGGCCAGACCCUGAGGUCUACAACCCCUUCCGCUUUGACCCAGAAAACCCACAGAAGAGGUCACCUCUGGCUUUUAUUCCCUUCUCAGCUGGGCCCAGGAACUGCAUAGGACAGACUUUCGCCAUGACGGAGAUGAAGGUGGCGCUGGCGCUAACGCUGCUGCGCUUUCGCAUCCUGCCUGAUGACAAGGAGCCGCGCCGGAAGCCAGAGCUGAUCCUGCGCGCGGAGGGCGGGCUGUGGCUGCGAGUGGAGCCGCUGAGCACAGGCGCGCAGUGA